AUGCGUGUUCUGAGCUCCGGCGCCCGCUUACGGUGCGUGCUGCUCUCCUUCUCCUCCUUGUCCUCCUCCACCAUGCGCCGCGGAUUUCUGCUCGCCCCCAACGCCCGCAAAGACGCCCCGCGACCGCCCGCCAGCGCGAAAAAGCCUGUCGACGCCGUCAAGGUGCAACGCGUCAAGGACGCCACGCCACUCCCCAUCCCGUCGGGCCUUCCCCGUCCACGCGCACCGUCCAUGUCGCUCAAAGAGGCCAAAGCAGACGCGUUCGCGCGUCUCCUCGCCGCGCCGAACCACGCCAUGGUCGUCACCGUCCUCCCCCCGCCCCCGACCACGUUCGUCUGGCCCCCGACCGCGUGCGCCACCUGCCUCCUCUACCCAGGCGUGAAGGAACGCAUCCUCGCCACCCCGUCCUUCCCCACGCCGUUCGCCCCCGUCGGCGCAUUCAACAUCACCGACGUCCCCGACGCAGGCAAGGGCGUCGUCCUCGCCCGCGCGCACGCCGCGGGCGCGCUCAUCGCGAAGGAGCGCCCGCUACCCGUCCUCCCCGAGAUGAUGCCCUACGACCAGCGCGCGGGCGGCCUCCACCCGGACGCGAUGCUCGCCAUGGUCGUCGAGAACCACACGAACGCGACCGACCGCGCGUUCCUCAAGAGGCUCACCAACUACAAGUCCGCCAACCCCGCCGACCUCCGCGGCAUCGUCGAGACCAACGCGCUGCUCAUCGGCACGCUGCCCGGCAGCGGCGAUCUCGCGUACGCCGGCGUCUGCGACAUGACCUCGCGCUUCAACCACAGCUGCAGCCCCAACGCACACUGCUUCUGGGACCUCGACUCCUUCUCCCUCGAAGUCCGCGCCCCGCAGCCCAUCCCCGCCGGCGCGCAGGCGACCAUCACCUACCUCAGCACCACGCUCCUCCCGCGGCGCGCGCGGCAGCACGAGCUCCGCGACAAGUACGCGUUCACCUGCGCCCGCGCCACGUGCGCGCUCCCCACGCCCGAUGCCGUGCGCCGCAGCGACGCGCGGCGCGGCGUGCUCGCCUCGCUGUGCGCCCCUGGGUUCGACGGCGACGGCGAUGCCGACGGCGGCGCGCAGGAGGGGGAGCUCCGCGCGUGGGCGGCGGACGCGCCCGUCGCGCGCGGCGUGCGGCUCGCGGCGAUGCUGGACGCAGAGACGCGGGACGCGGACGCGGCGUGGUGCGCGGUGCUGCAGGGGCUCGUGCGCGCGUGCUGUGCGCUGCGCGACGCGGCGGGCGCGCGGGCGUGCCCGAUCCGGGCGGUGGUGCUGAGUCGCGCGUUUACGGGUGCCGGCGGUGGGCGGAAGCGGGAGGGGGUCUGA